CUCCUCUCGCAUCCCCUCGUCGAGUCGUCGACUCCUCUCUCUCUCUCUCUCUAUCCAUUUCCUUUUUUCUCAAGGAGAGAAAUCGAAUGGUCUUCCUCCGAAGCUCUUAAUUAGGGUUAGGGUUUUUUUUUUUUUUCUUUUUUUGGGGGGGUGAGGGGGUGGGAGUCGGGGGUGAAAGUUCUCUUCGAGAACUCGAUCAUCGCGAGGAUCGGAGAUGGCGCAGAACAACACGAUCACGCUCGAAGAGAUCAAGAACGAGGUCGUCGAUUUGGAGAGUGUUCCGAUCGAGGAAGUGUUCGCGCAGCUGAAAUGCUCCAGAGAGGGUCUCACCUCAGCCGAGGGCGAAAACCGCCUCAACAUCUUCGGCCCCAACAAGCUCGAAGAGAAGAAGGAGAAUAAAUUUCUCAAAUUCUUGGGGUUUAUGUGGAAUCCCCUAUCAUGGGUCAUGGAGAUGGCUGCAAUCAUGGCCAUUGCCCUCGCCAACGGCGGCGGGCAACCGCCGGAUUGGGAGGACUUCGUGGGGAUCAUCGUCUUGCUCCUUAUCAACUCUACAAUUUCCUUCAUCGAGGAGAACAACGCCGGCAACGCCGCCGCCGCUCUCAUGGCCAAUCUCGCUCCCAAGACAAAGGUGCUGAGAGAUGGGCGGUGGACGGAGCAGGAGGCGGCGAUCUUGGUCCCCGGCGACAUCAUCAGCAUCAAGCUGGGCGACAUCGUCCCCGCCGACGCCCGCCUGCUCGAGGGCGACCCGCUGAAGGUGGACCAAUCGGCGCUGACGGGGGAGUCCCUGCCGGUGACGAAGAACCCGGGGGACGAGGUCUUCUCGGGGUCGACGUGCAAGCAAGGGGAGAUCGAGGCCGUCGUGAUCGCCACCGGCGUCCACACCUUCUUCGGGAAGGCGGCCCACCUCGUCGACAGCACGAACCAGGUCGGGCACUUCCAGAAGGUGCUCACGGCCAUCGGCAACUUCUGCAUCUGCUCCAUCGCCCUCGGGAUCGUCGUCGAGAUCAUCGUCAUGUUCCCGAUCCAGCGCCGGCCCUACCGCCGCGGCAUCGACAACUUGCUCGUCCUGCUCAUCGGGGGGAUCCCCAUCGCGAUGCCGACGGUGCUGUCGGUCACGAUGGCCAUCGGGUCGCACAAGCUGUCGCAGCAGGGGGCGAUCACGAAGCGGAUGACGGCCAUCGAGGAGAUGGCCGGAAUGGAUGUUUUGUGCAGCGACAAGACCGGCACGCUGACGCUGAACAAGCUGAGCGUCGACAAGAACCUGAUCGAGGUGUUCGCCAAGGGCGUCGAUAAGGAUCACGUCAUCCUGCUCGCCGCCAGGGCGUCGCGGACGGAGAACCAGGACGCCAUCGACGCCGCCAUGGUCGGAAUGCUCGCCGACCCCAAGGAGGCGCGAGCUGGAAUCAGGGAAGUGCACUUCCUCCCCUUCAACCCAGUCGACAAGAGGACGGCCUUGACCUACAUUGAUGCCAACGGCAACUGGCAUCGUGUCAGCAAAGGUGCCCCCGAACAGAUUAUGAGCCUCUGCAACUGCAGGGAAGACGUGAGAAAGAAGGCUCACAGUGUGAUCGACAAGUUCGCCGAACGCGGGCUUCGCUCGCUAGCCGUUGCAAGGCAGGAAGUCCCCGAGAAGAGCAAGGAGAGCCCGGGAGGCCCCUGGGAGUUUGUUGCCUUGUUGCCACUGUUCGAUCCUCCGCGGCACGACAGUGCUGAGACCAUCAGAAAGGCUCUCAAUCUCGGCGUCAAUGUCAAGAUGAUUACCGGUGACCAGCUUGCUAUUGCGAAGGAGACCGGCCGAAGGCUUGGAAUGGGCACCAACAUGUAUCCAUCCUCUUCCUUGCUUGGCCAACACAAGGAUGCUUCGUUGGAAGCGCUUCCUGUCGACGAAUUGAUUGAGAAAGCUGAUGGUUUUGCAGGAGUUUUCCCAGAGCAUAAGUAUGAGAUCGUGAAGAGGCUGCAGGAGAAGAAGCAUAUAUGCGGAAUGACAGGCGACGGUGUGAACGAUGCCCCGGCACUGAAGAAGGCUGAUAUUGGAAUUGCUGUUGCUGAUGCUACAGAUGCCGCGAGAAGUGCUUCUGAUAUUGUCCUCACUGAACCUGGUCUCAGUGUCAUCAUUAGUGCUGUCCUUACCAGCAGAUGCAUCUUCCAGAGGAUGAAGAACUACACUAUUUAUGCUGUUUCCAUUACCAUCCGUAUUGUGCUUGGCUUUAUGCUCAUUGCACUGAUCUGGAAGUUCGACUUCUCGCCUUUCAUGGUUCUGAUCAUAGCUAUCCUCAAUGACGGUACAAUCAUGACAAUCUCUAAGGAUCGAGUGAAACCGUCUCCGCUUCCAGAUAGCUGGAAGUUGAAAGAAAUUUUUGCUACGGGUGUUGUUCUUGGGGGUUAUCUUGCAUUGAUGACUGUAAUAUUUUUCUGGGCUAUGUACAAGACCGAUUUCUUCUCGGAUAAAUUUCACGUUAGAUCGCUGAGGGAAAGAGACCAUGAGAUGAUGUCUGCCUUGUACCUGCAAGUGAGCAUCGUGAGCCAGGCCCUCAUCUUCGUCACUCGGUCCCGCAGUUGGUGCUUCGUUGAGCGCCCUGGUCUGCUUUUAGUCAGUGCGUUCGUGGUUGCUCAACUUGUCGCAACUCUCAUUGCUGUCUAUGCCAACUGGGGUUUCGCCAAGAUCAAAGGCAUCGGCUGGGGCUGGGCAGGAGUCAUCUGGCUAUACAGCAUUGUCUUCUUCGUCCCGCUCGAUUGGUUCAAAUUCGCCAUUCGCUACAUUCUAAGCGGAAGGGCAUGGGAUAACCUAUUAGAGAAUAAGAUUGCCUUUACUACCAAGAAAGAUUACGGUAGAGAGCAAAGGGAGGCUCAAUGGGCACUGGCGCAGAGGACACUCCAUGGUCUCCAGCCUCCAGAAGCCAGUGCACUCUUCAAUGAGAAGAGCAGCUACCGCGAGCUCUCUGAGAUCGCUGAGCAAGCCAAACGGCGUGCUGAGGUUGCAAGGCUAAGGGAGCUGCACACCCUAAAGGGUCACGUGGAAUCGGUGGUCAAGCUGAAGGGGCUCGACAUAGAGACCAUCCAGCAACACUACACCGUAUAAAGAGUAUAUAUUUCAAUCGUAUGGAGGAUAACCUCAGAAUGCGGUUCAUUUAUCGGUGGAAGCAAAGUUGCCUUAACUUGUGAGGAACUCUUCAUUGUAAAAUGGUUAGUGCACUAUUUUUCUUGGCAUAGGUUUAUGCGGUUAGAGUGUGCUGUGAUUAUUUUUUUUCGUUUUGUCCUAGUUAGUAAGAGUUUGGUGAUUGUGAGAUGCAAAUAAUGCAAAACAGCUAUUGUUCCCUUUUCGCUUUAAAUUUGACUAUUAAUGCCUAUAAUAAUGUUUUCCCUUUAAAGUUGAAUCUGUUGGGUACUUUUUUUA